AUGCGUAAGUUCAGCCUUGAGCUUCUGCUGAGCACCAUCCAGCGGUUCCGCGUCACACAUCUUCUCCUGGCCCCACCGGUAGUUGUGAUGCUAUUGAAAAGCAAUCUCCUAUCCCGCUACGACGUGUCCAGCGUAAGGUCCAUGUUUUGUGGAGCGGCCCCCCUCCAGCCGGAGCUCUCCAAAAGAUUGGAAGAGGUGUUCAGCGGGGGCAAAGCUCGCAGUCGACAGGGAUGGGGAAUGAGCGAGGCCACGAUGGCAGUCACUUUGUUUGCCCCUGACGAAUUCGACCCGUUGCACAAGGGCGUUGGGUAUAUCCUCCCCAACAUGCAGAUGAAGAUCGUCGGUGACGAUGGCCGCGAAGUUGCCUGCAAUGAAGAGGGAGAAGCGCUCAUUCGGGGUCCCAAUGUCUUCAAGGGCUAUUACAAGAAUCCAAGCGCAUCUGUAGAAGCGUGGACCAAAGAUGGGUGGCUGAAAACUGGAGAUAUCGUGUCAAUCCAGGAGAGUGGACUCUUGACUAUUGUGGACCGCAAAAAGGUUCGUGCCCAAGUGUUCCGUGGCUUCUGA